GUGUAAGUUCGGAGUAAGUUCGGAUAAAGGUCCUUAGGAUUCUAGGAAUUACGGAAGAGAAUACCUACAGAGAAUUUCAGCGAUUGUGCGGUAUAACGCAAUGAUUAAAGCUAUAACGAGGUGCUGGAGAAAGGAAUAGUUAUUUUUGAUAGAUUUCAAAGAAUAUAUGUCGUAGAGCUUGGACAACUUCAGAUUCGACUUAGUUAAGAGGUCUACCAGGAAAUGUCCAUAAAUUCUAGUUCAUGGAGAGGAAGCUCUUUACCUCCCUUCCAUCCAAGAAACAGAAUGGAUUCUAACCUGAGUGAGAACAGAGGGCGAUCUCUGACAGAUGUAUCGAGUGUAUUAGCACCAAAGUAUCCUGAGCCAUUUCUCUCGAUUCCUGCUCAAGUUUUAGUUCAGGAUAACUGCCGUGUCCAUUGUGGUAUGGUCAGAAAGGAAAACAGAUUUAAUAAAUGGCAAGAUCGGUACUUGGUUUUGCACAAAGGCUGCUUGUAUUACUACAAAGAUUCCAUGGACAAAACUGCUCAGGGACAAUUCUCUUUGAGUGGAUACAGACUCUCUACAGCUCCUGAGAAGACAAAAUAUCAAUGGACAUUUAAGCUGACACACAUCCAGCCUGAGAAAAGAAAGUACUUUUUCUCCGCACACUCUGAGAAAGAGCUUACAGAAUGGCUUGACAAAAUUGCUGAAGAUGUGAAGGAAUAUUGCGAAGCCGUAGGAACAAAGCCUGGAUACUCCUCCGAACCACUCCAAGAGAGUUACAAUAGCAGUGGCAGUGGUGGCAGUUGCAGUAGCAUCGCAAGUGGUGGUGAGGAUUAUGACUAUCCACUGGUAGAUCCCCCAAACUUUAACCAAAUUAGAGAACAAAUGAGACAAAACUCGCAGAUUGCCAGGGAUUUAGCAGGGAAUUCUUCUGAGAGUGACCCAACAUACUGCCCCCCUCCUCCAGAAUUUCUUCAAAAUUUAAAUUCUAGUAUUGCAUCAGUUACCUCGAGGACUGUCACUGAACACAAAAAUGUUACUAUCAUUACUGGAGGGAAAGCUUCAGUUGAUGUUUCAACAAUUCUAAAACGAAAAGACACAAUCCGAGAGGGUGAACCGCUACCUCCUACGCCUCCAAAACCAGCACCACGAGUAAGAACAUUACCAAGUAGAACGCCUGUAAGUUGUACUUCAGAGGUUCGCCUAGAUGAACGUCCUCAAGUGCCACCAAGGCCUACACCACCUAAACCCUUACCACGACCGCCUACAGCUGGAGUAGGACCUUCGCCAGUAUCUUCAGCCACUUUAUCUGAAGAAUUUGAUUAUGAAAGUGAUUACCUACCUAUCAUUGCAAAUGAUGAUGAUCAACCCAUGCCGCAGCCCAAUAGAACGAUGUUAGAAAGGAUGCGACCCGAAGGAAACAGUUUUAAAGAAAGAUUCACCGAGACUGCACCGUGUUUAGCUGAACUGCUGCCAGACUCUGCCUACAGAACUGAUUAUGAUAAGACUGACGCCAUCCCGUUGUUACUUGGUAAGGAAGGAGUGUAUAUGAUUCACAGCAGUACACGUGCAGAAACCAAGAAAGCGCUAUCUGUAUGCGUGGGGGACAAAGUCAAACAUUUUAUUUUGUUCAGGAAUAAGGAAGGUUACGCGUUGGACCCUUACGGACCUCGAUUCAAAAACAAACGAAACCUCUUGGACUAUUACCAUGAGAAUUCGCUGCCCAACCAGGACAGCAGUAGGUUAAAACAACCAUACAAGUGAAUCAGCCAAUCCUGAAGAACAUCUAUUCGACUAUUCAGAAGUAAUCUUGAUAUCAAUUUAACCAAUCAAGUCUUAUCAAAAUCAUUCCAGCAAUUAAGUCACCCUAUUCAACCAACCAUCAUGAACACCUAAUUAUUUCAUUCAUUUAAACCAAUCAAAUGGCUUUUUAUAUUUAGCCAAUCAAAUUCCCUUCUACAUCCAAUCACAAUCAAGCUGACUAGAUUUCUCCAUUAGACCCUUCUCUGCUAGCAGAGUCUCCCUCCCUCGCUGCCAAGAAUCAAGGAGAGUUUGCUAGCAGCUAUAUUACUUGUCACAUGUCAUUACUAUAUCGACAUGUAACGAAUUGGAGAUUUUGAUGACUUGAAAUCUUCCAUCAAACUAAUUAGAAUAAAAAUCCCCCGAAUUAUUAAGGAGAAUGUCUCUGAUGUCCGUAAUGACAUUUACUUAUCAAGUAAUUCUCUGUUUUGACGUAACGCCAAUUAAGGUUGUUAAGAAUAGUUUUCCGACUCAGAUUAGUAGGGGGCGCGUGUCAUCGAUUAUAACACGUUUUAUAAUACACUCUACAAUAUAGCUCGUUUCUGAUUGGACAAGAGGAGUACAAUUAAAUCCCAAAUUGUACUCUGUAGAGUCCCAAUUAAGUUGCUCAAUUUUUUUGAGUGUAUUAUAAACAGAAAAACGCACAAUCUUCUCGUUCAAUUCGGAAUUAAUAGAUACUCUUGAUGCUUUGAAAGUUCUCAAAUUAGACUCGCCUAAAGCUCGUCCAAUUUUUUAAACUUUCAAAACAUCACUCGUGCCUAUAAAUUCCGAAUUGUACUCGAGAUCGUGCGAUUUCCUAUUCUAAUUUCAUUAAUUCUCAGAGAUUAAACCUGUCUUUUUGUAAGGUCAGCCUUAUGAAAAUUGCCACUCUAUGAUGUGGAAAAGAAAUUAUCGCGGUAUUCUGCUUACUGUGGUUUUCAAUGUUCUACGAACUCAGACAUUCCAAUAGUCUCCCUCGCAUCCGUUUUUAGUGUCGGUCGUCACGCAACGUUGUGGGGAGGGAGCGUUGCGU